AUCUCCGUCAAAGUGAUUUUGAAACUUAAUUAACUGCGGAAAAUUGUGAAGAAAUUGAGGUACGAGGCGAAUUAAUUUCAAUUCAAUUCCAUCAAACAUGAAUGGGAGGCACCACCGCCAACAAAUUUCCGCCACCGCAAAGCCGCAACAACGACACCGUGCCAAAUCGAAUUUCCGCUACGUCGAAAAAUCCGAACUUAGUUCUUCAUCCAACUCUAUGGCGGUUGAAGAACGAGUUUCCCCUGAAGAUGUUGAUGUCAACGGCAAUAACAGCAACAAUAACAAUGCUGCCGAUGACGUGGCUAGUUCAAGCACGGCCAAAGAAGGUGGUGACGAUGAUGAUAUUGAUCUUAUUAUCGAUAACAGGCUUGAUAAGUUGCUAAGUGAUGUUCAAGAACCUGAAUUGUCCAUUGAAGAGAUCGCGAACAAUGAUCAAUUGCAGCAAGAUGAGUUACUUGUGGUGGAGUCAAUUUAUGGAGAAAAUGUUUUCAGCCUUGAUACAUGGAAAGGCUUGCGUUGUUUUCAGAUACAUAUAAACAUUGAUAUUUUGGAUGAAAUAGGCAUUACUGCUAAGGUGAACUCUGAUAGUGAAGUUGAAAGUAUAAGCGGCAAUUCAGAUGAUUUCUUAUACUCUUUCAAAGUUAAAUAUCUUCCACCGAUUGUUUUGACGUGUUUAUUACCUAAGUCAUAUCCGAGCCACCAAUCACCUAUAUUUACAAUCUCUGUGAAGUGGUUAGAAUCUGCCAAGAUUUUAAGUUUAUGUUCCAAGUUGGAUUCAAUAUGGACAGAACAGCAAGGGCAGGAAGUAAUUUACCAGUGGGUAGACUGGUUACAUAGUUCUUCUCUUUCACAUUUGGGAUUCGAUCAGGAGAUUAGACUAGGUCCUUAUGGCCUGAAUUGUGUCGCGGACUCACGUGUGGUUUCGGGAAUUGGAUGCAUUGAUAAUGAUAUUCCUUUUUUACAAAGCUACAAUAAUGAGAGACGCCAUCAGAACUUCCUUAAAGAAUUGCAUGAAUGUUGCAUUUGCUAUAGUGAAUAUCCAGGUACCGAAUUCGUCCAAUUACCAUGUAAACAUUUUUUUUGCCGCAAAUGCGUGAGGACCUUUACCCAAAUUCACGUAAAAGAAGGCAACAUUAGUAAUCUUCAAUGUCUGGAUGCAAAAUGCAAGGACAUGAUUCCACCUAGCCUUUUAAAACAUUUUCUUGGCGACGAAGAUUACGAACGUUGGGAAUCGGUGAUGUUAGAGAAAACACUUGCAUCAAUGUCUGAUGUUGUUUAUUGCCCGAGAUGCGAAACACCCUGCAUAGAGGAUGAAGACCAACAUGCUCAGUGCCCAAACUGCUUUUUUAGCUUUUGUACUCUUUGCAGGGAACGACGCCAUGUUGGCAUAGAAUGCUUGACACUAGAUUUGAAGCUUCAACUUCUGCAGGAUCGUCAAAAUUCAUCCCAAUUAAAGGGAAAUCAAAGGCGUCUUGAACUUGAAAAGAUCAAUGAAAUGCUCAGUGAGAGAGAAAUUCGCCGUGAUUCCAAGUUUUGCCCAUCUUGUGACAUGGCGAUUUCUCGAACUGAAGGUUGUAAUAAAAUGAAGUGUGGUAAUUGUGAACAAUACUUCUGCUACCGCUGCAACCAAGCACUUGAUGCAUCAGAUCCAUAUGGACAUUUCAGGGAUGGGUCGUGUGAACUUUUCCCACGAGAAAUGAUUGAUAACUGGCAAGCACAAGCACGCAUAAAUCCUCUCCAGGAAAUACAACAAGUACAUGCUGAACUCUUUCACCUCGGUGGCUCAGCAUGUCCUAGUUGUCGUCAAUUUAAUGUAAAGAUUGGAAACAAUAAUCACAUGUUAUGUUGGGCAUGCCAAAGCCAUUACUGCUACUUAUGCAACGGAAUUGUCCGGCGCGGCACUAAGCAUUAUGGACCGAAAGGUUGCAAACAGCACAGUGAGGGAUAGCAUAAGCACAAUGCCAUGGAUGGUUUUUUCCAUGACUUUGUGAAAUGUAAUAGGUUCAUUAAAUCAUUUAAUGUCCAGUGAGUUUUGCGAUAAAAUGAAUAAUGAAUACGAAUAAGGUGUAUUGCAAUUAUGUUAAAAUUUCUUGAAGAGGGAGAGAGUCAGCUAGGUUCUAAUUUUAGAACGCAGAUCGAAUUAAUAUUUUCAUGUAUGUGUUGAGAUCAUUUUUGACCAAAAGUAUCAUAGUGUUAUUUUGUUGCAGUGAGAAA